AUGCGGGCACGAGACAACGUGAAAUGGCAAUGGAGAAUGCCGCAACCCUCGUGGAUUAUGUAUUUUGUCCAGCUACUGUUUCUAAUAUUGAUUACAUCCGGUCUUCAGCCAACAACGGCGGAUAUCACACUGCGAGAUAUGACAAAGUACGUUGGGAAUUUAAUCGAAGCCACAAGAAUACAAGAGGAACCUUCCGUGACGACAACGCAAAGUCGUUGUAGAAAUAGCAGUUUUGCAUACAAUAUUUCGGAAACCACAACCCUGAUGGCUCCUAUUAGUUCGCUAUUUCCGUCCGGUUUACCACGGGAUUUCUCUAUUUUAAUUGUUGCAAAGCCAGAAGCUAGUGAGAUUAAACAGAAAAUUGUUUAAAUGUCUGUAGAUGACCCCGCGCCACUUCUCACCAUCUACGAUUAUAGCAACAAAGAACAAUUGAUUCUUUCAUUGGGUCGCGAUAUCAAUAUCCUUUACGGCAUCGAUUCGGAUGACGAGGAAACGUCGAUUUCUUUUGGCGUUGAUAUUUCUGAUGAUGAGUGGCAUCGAUUGGGAAUUAGCAUCAAAGGUGACUCCGUUACAAUUAUUCUCGAUUGCGACAGACAUAUCACAAAGAAGCUACAAAGAAAUCAGAAGAAAAUGAUUACAGGGAUCGUCAUGAUCCGGCAGCAACUUAGCGGCGACUUGUAUUUGGGAGGUCUCGAGAUGCUGAUGAUUGCUCCAAAUCCAGAUGCAGCUUAUGAAAUCUGCACUGCAUUUGCGCCAAACUGUAAAUACUUAUCACGGUUGGAUUAUAGUUCUUCUUUGCACAUUAACGGAGAUAAUUAUGAAAAGAAAAACGAGACAGGCUCGAAUAAAGAUGAUUUCUACCUUUUGUCUCAUAAUUCUACAACAGAACAUCCCACACCUUAUCAAGUAGAAACGACGACGACAACUGCAUUUGUGUAUGAAACGGAUUCGAACUAUCGACAGAAUUAUGGAAUACCGACAAUUGAUCCUUACAAUGGAACAGAAUGGAACAAUCAACAGAAUUAUAGAAUACCAACGAUUGAUUCUUACGAUGAAGAACAUCUUCGUAGAACGCAUAAUAAACAAGAUUAUAUUAUUAGAGGCCCAUCAGGACCUCGUGGAUUUCCCGGACCGCCGGGAACACCCGGGCCUCCAGGAAGGAAAGGCGAACAAGGUCAUGAUGGACUUCCUGGACAGCAAGGUGUGCCCGGUCCGCCAGGUAAUGUCUUUGUGAUACCCUCGUUGAGUCGACAAGGCAACGAAAAAGGACCAGACUCGUUGACCGAAAUGCUAAGCCAAAUGAUAUCGCAGCACAUGCUCGCGAUGAGAGGCAUAGAGGGUCCGAUGGGCCUCACGGGCAUUCCGGGGCCUCAGGGACCAUCUGGACUUCAGGGUCAAAAAGGAGAGCCCGGCGACAUCGGCGAAUCUGGACCUAGAGGGGAAAUAGGAAGUCCUGGAAAUCCUGGCAGAGAGGGUAGAAGGGGUCGCCCUGGCCGAGACGGUGAACGUGGUCUCAGUGGGCCACCAGGAAUAAAGGGCGAACAAGGACCGAUAGGAUUGCCUGGUCUGCCUGGUGAUAAAGGCGAACGGGGAGUUGCGGGAAUACCCGGCGAGCCAGGUUUACCAGGCCAUGAAGGAAUGCAAGGUGAAGACGGUCCCCCUGGUCUGCCGGGUCUACCUGGUGAAAUGGGUCCGAGAGGAUUUAUUGGGCCCAGAGGUUUCCCCGGACUACCAGGUAAUCCCGGUGUUUCUGGAAACGAAGGCCCACCAGGUGCCAAAGGAAACACUGGUCCACCAGGUCCACCCGCUGCUCCGGGUCAGCCUGGGCCUGCAGGCCCGAUAGGACCACUUGGGCUUCAAGGUCCACCAGGGCCAAUUGGUUUAGUUGGUCCACAAGGUAAGCCUGGUAUUCCUGGUCUUCCGGGUGCAGACGGAUCUCCUGGUCUUCCGGGUAAUCCUGGAAUACCCGGAGUGAAAGGUGAACAAGGACCAUUAGGACCGCAGGGUCCAGUCGGCUUUCCGGGUGUACGGGGUGUGAAAGGCGAUGACGGGCAGCGUGGUUCGCCGGGCGAACGCGGUGAAAAGGGCGAGAGAGGUUUGGAGGGAGAAAAGGGUGACAUUGGAGCAAAAGGUGAGCCUGGAGUACCGGGGCCGCAAGGAAUUCCAGGCCUUGAAGGAUUGGAAGGAUCUAAGGGCUUCGAAGGGCCUCGUGGUGAAACUGGAUCUGCCGGCCCGCCCGGCGAAAAAGGGAAGAUAGGCAUGCCUGGAUUUGCCGGAUAUCCUGGAAAUCCUGGAGAGAAAGGAGAUAGAGGGCAAUCGGGAGCACAAGGCUCUAGCGGCGAUAAAGGAGAAAGAGGAAGCAGCGGAUUGCAGGGAGAACGUGGUGAAUUAGGACCGAGGGGUUUUAGAGGAACUCGUGGUAGAAGAGGCGCGGAAGGAUUGCCAGGACCAAAGGGUGACACCGGUCAGCCAGGACCACCAGGAUCAUCAGGCGAAAUCGGCUCUCCUGGUGUUGAAGGUUUGCGCGGAUUUAUAGGACUGCCGGGCCCACCAGGUCUUGACGGGAAGGAUGGUGUAUCAGGACCACCUGGCGAGCGCGGGCCAAUAGGAGAAACCGGACCCGCAGGGCUUCCGGGAAGUCCCGGUGUUAUCGGUCCUCAAGGAUCAACUGGAGAAUCGGGUCCGCCAGGUGAACCUGGAGCACCUGGUAAUCCGGGGCUUCCUGGAGAAACUGGCCCACCAGGUGAACAAGGAAAAGAGGGACUGCCGGGUCCGCCCGGUUUGAUGGGACCGAAAGGAUCACCAGGUUCUAUUGGACUGCCAGGAUUUCCGGGCGAAAGAGGACUGAGCGGUCCACCGGGAAUACCCGGCUCCAAAGGAGAGAUAGGACCUGUCGGAGCUCAAGGACCGUCUGGCGAUAAAGGUGCUCAGGGUGAUCCUGGUAAAGACGGGCAACCAGGUUUGGAAGGAAAACAAGGAUCUAAAGGAAAAAAGGGUUCCAUCGGACUUAAAGGCGAAAAAGGUGAGUCUGGACUGCCUGGAUCUGCAGGUCAUGACGGUCUACCAGGACAACGCGGUUUACCGGGUCCACCUGGACCGGUUGGAAUUCCGGGCGAAGACGGCGAUAAAGGAAAUAUCGGCCCACCAGGAGAGAAAGGAUUCAAAGGCUCUCAAGGAGAAACGGGUCCGGCGGGUCCACAAGGGUCACAAGGACUACGUGGUGAGCCUGGUUUAACGGGUCCUUCCGGCGAAAAAGGAUUAUCAGGGGAAAUUGGACAGCGAGGAUCAAAAGGCGAGGACGGUUUAAUCGGAGCAAUUGGACCGGCUGGACCAGCAGGAUUGUCUGGUUUACCGGGGUUUCCAGGAGAAAAAGGUGAAAUUGGAGAUCCUGGAGCGGCUGGACCUAUAGGACCACCAGGUGUUCGAGGAGAACAAGGUCGAACAGGACCGAGAGGUCAUAAAGGUGCGCCUGGUCCACCAGGUCCGGAGGGUCGCCAAGGUGAAAAAGGAGACAGUGGAAUUCCAGGACAUCCUGGUACACCAGGAAUAGAAGGCAAACAGGGAGAAAAAGGUCCUUCGGGAGCGAAAGGAGAUGACGGCAAGGAAGGACCAUCCGGACCACCCGGGCCACGAGGACUGAUUGGUUUUGAAGGACCGAAAGGUGAUGUUGGAAUACCUGGUUUUCCUGGUCCGCCCGGAGAACCUGGUCUCAUAGGUGAAAAAGGCGAACCUGGAAAGGAUGGUGAAGAGGGUCGAGCAGGCGAUCCAGGCAUACCAGGUGAAGCUGGGCCACCUGGCAAGGAAGGAUUACCGGGUCCUCAUGGAAAAUCCGGUCCAGAAGGCCCGGCAGGUCAACAAGGUAACACAGGUUUGCCCGGAGAAAAAGGAGAUACGGGCCCGGCUGGAGCACCGGGACUUCAAGGACCUAUCGGGUCUCAAGGUCCGCCUGGAACGCUUGGUCUGCCAGGAGAAAGAGGCUUGCCAGGAGUAGCUGGAGAAAGCGGUCGUCCGGGUAUUCCAGGUGCCGUUGGUGCUCCUGGAAUUAUCGGACCGGCUGGUUCGAAGGGUCCGAAAGGUGACCGAGGUCGCAGAGGAAACAAAGGACACUUGGGUGACCUAGGACACGUCGGUAUCAAGGGUGAUCAAGGAGAGAAGGGAAAUAAAGGCGAGAGUGGAGUGCCAGGACCGGAAGGAUUGAAGGGAAACUCUGGACCUGCAGGUCCAGUUGGAUUUAGAGGGGAACAAGGAUCGCUCGGUCCUCUUGGAGUGCCAGGUUUGCCUGGACCUAAAGGAAACGCUGGAAAUGAUGGAAUGCGUGGUAAUACAGGUCCGCCAGGCCCGCCUGGUCCGCCGGGUUUACCAGGACCAUCUAGCUCACUGGAGCAGCUCAAUUUCGGCGACAUUAUUCCGUCAUUGCUGCUUCGAGAAAAUGAGUCGAGUAGAAGAAAACGCAACGUUUCAGAAAAUAUGAAUGAAGAAGAGAAAUUUGAUACGAAGUUUUUAGACAUAUAUGCAUCGAUUUUCAAUAUACAACAAGAAUUGGAUCAAAGGCGUAGACCAACUGGUACCAGAGACUAUCCGGUGAGAACAUGCAGAGAUUUAUUUUAUGGACACUCCAAUUUUGAAGAUGGCUGGUAUUGGAUUGAUCCAAAUUUGGGCAUGCCUGAUGAUGCUAUCUACGUGUAUUGCAACAUUUCGAACAAGGGUGAAACCUGCAUUUUUCCCGAUAUUCACAGUAGUCAGAUGCCGAAUAUACCAUGGAAGAAGGAAAAUAAUAAAAAUGACUGGUAUUCACGUUUACGAGGUGGAUUCAAAAUAACUUACGAGACAAUUGGAGCAGUGCAGAUGAAUUUUCUGCAGCUACUUAGUCAAGAAGUCUAUCAAAACUUUACAUACACGUGUAUGAACAGUGUUGCUUGGUACAAUAGCAAUAACCCGAAUAAUGGCUACGAUCUCUCGCUGCGAUUACUUGGCGACAAUGACGAUGAGUUUUCAUACAAUGGUUUUAAAAUGCAAGUCCUUGUAGAUGGCUGUAAAAACCGGAGUGGUAAAACCGAGACCGUGUUUUUAGUUCAUACUAAGAACCCGCAACAAUUGCCGUUAAUCGAUUUUUAUCCGGUUGACUACGGAUUACCACAUCAAACAUUCGGCUUCGUGGUCGGUCCGGCCUGUUUCAAGUAAACAAAUGAACUAAUUACGCAAUAAUUUUUUAUACUUUUUUUACUUUAUCUCUUCUCGGUAUAAAAAUAAGUGCAGAAACAUGAUCUCUAAUAUGUAAGAAAAGCUAAUUGACUUAACGAAUCUUUACUACAUCUCGAUUUAGUCAUUAUAGAGAAAAGAUGUAUACGCUGAAACUGUAUAAUUGAUUGGUUUACUUUGAUUUUUCAACUUAUUACAUUAAUUUGUGCG